GUAAAGGCAGCCACUUUUUCACAUAUAUUCUUGUCCUCUGUUUUAGACUGAGAGGGAAAUGUAUGUAGAAGAACUUUUAAAUAACUGGAAGUGUUCGGUAUUUAGUAAUUGUUCAUUCUAGUGUGAAAUUCUUACGUAUAUCUCAAAUCUGUCCCUCCACAGAAAGAUAAAAAUGCAUCUGAAAGUCAUGGUCUUUGCCCUGUCAUUCUUGACAACCUCAGCAUACCUACUCCGCCGUAACACCCGGGAGGCAACCUGGACUGAUUCAAAGGCCAACCAGGCUCAUGACAAGUUGGAGCCGACUAAGAAUGUGGAUAAGAUCUACAAGAGCUACAUAGACGGCAGUAGCCUUUACAACCAAGAAGGUGAUGGCAACAAAAACCCUGUGGCCGAGGAGAUGCGGUGCAAACUCAACAUGGAGUCGGAGCGUCUUCGUACCCGUCUGCGCCAAGAACUGGCUGAGCUGCAGGAGAGGUUGUCCCCAUCUCCAGCCCACCUCAGCUCCACCCUGGCCAGCAUGAGGGAGCGUUUGGCUCCUCUCACCCAGCAGCUCCAGAGCUCUCUCAGCAGCAACACCCAGGAUCUGUGCAACCAGCUGAGCCUCUAUCUGCAGGGCCUGGAGACAGCAGAGGCCCAGGCAGAGGCCAGUCCAGCUCUCUACCAGGAAGCCCUCCACUGGAUGUCACUAGCCCUGGAGCAGAGCAGCUCCAAGCUGGCAGAUAUCAUCAGCGACUUUCAUACUAAAACGGUCGGGGUGAUCGAACAUCUGAAAGAGAUCAGUGGUAGUGAGGAAGAGGCAGCCAAGUCAGAGCUCUGGCAGGUGAUGAGCUCCAGGUUAGGACAGGAAGUGAGUUCACUGAGGGUGGAGACACAGAACAGGGUGGGGGCUCUCAAGACAGAGCUUGCUGCUCUGCUACAAACUGAACAGCCUCUUAAGGCUGAAGUGACAGCCAGUAUGGAGUGGUUCUGCCAAAAUGCAGCCUUGCAGAGCCAAGUGUUUCAGGCCCGAAUGGAGAAACUGUUUCAAGGGCUGGAAAAGGAGCUGGAGGUCCAGAAAGCCUCCAGCCUGUCUCCAUCUUCUUCCUCCUCGUCCAUACAGCCAGGUGGCUCUUUGCAGGAGGACUUCUCAGUUAAACUCUCUGCUCUGAUCCAGGACAUUCUGCACUCAGUGUAGCGACAGAGACACCUGUAUAUUUUUGUAAAAUAUUAAUCAACUGCCAUCAUCAAAAGUGAUUCUUGUCCAUGAAUUUGUUUUUUGUUUUCCGCUGUACCAGCCAAGUAAGUAGCCUGUAAAUAUUUAAGAAUGUAUGGAUCUGAUUGAUGUAUUUGUUUCAUUCUAUAUGUGAAUGAGUUUAUUUGUCAGUAUACGUUUAUUGUACCAUGUAAAAAGAGAAUAAAGUUAUUGUUGAUGAUACAAAUUACCUUUUGCUAUUUUUUAAUUAUGUCAUCAACCACAAAGAGACACGCCAACCUGAUUUUAAACUUUAUUUUGAAUCUGUACAAAACAUAUAUUCAGUAUUCGAAUUUGCUCAAAAAUACGUUUUAAGCAAUGCAAUUGAGACUCUGUACAAGAUAGAGAGAUACAUAGAUAGAUAGAUAAUAGAAAAGUAAAGUUAUACUUUCAUAAAAUAUUAAAAUUUCUCUGUUCUUUAGUUGCUGCCAUAGUUAAUAUUUGUUUUUUUUACACAUUGUUCAGGCUUAACAGUUCCUUCAUUGCCAGUAAAUGACUACUGAAAGCAGAUGCAGUGAGUAUAGACAGGAAAAGUUACCAGAAUAUUUGUUUGGUUUCAAUACUCACCUGACUAGAACAUUUGGUUAUUACUGAAAAAAUCCCAACAUUAUCAGAUUUUAUGAGGUAUGAGGUGACGAGGCAAAGACAAUUUGCCACUCAAUCUGUCAGUCAAAGGAAUGAGGUAUUCCUCCCACUCAAUAAAACUUCUUCAGGACGAACCAGCCACCCAGAACCAGCAAGGCAGCAGCGGCCGAGCCAAACACCACCCCCACCACCAGGCCCGUCACGCUCACAUCGUCCCUCUCUGAUGCCAUGUCAUUACCUGAUGCACGCAGGGGGAGAUUAGUGGAGAUUACUUUUGGAGUUGACCAAAUCUUCCAACAUUAGGGUGUAUUUUUGGAUUUAUGACAUGAUUAAAGCAUACUCACUGUAGGCAGCUGCAUAGGGCCUGUCUUUAGUGAGGGAAGAUAAGAGAGUCGCUGAAAAAGUUUAUCAUGAUGAUGUUGUUUGAAAAUCACAGGAAAAAGUAUAAAGGUAUAUAUUUUUUAAAUAGGUCAAACCUUCUCGAGCUGUGUAAAGAGGUCCAACUGAAACAGUGGCUGAUUCUCUGCUUUCUACUCCGAAAGGAGUCAAGGAUCUUUUUCUUCUGGUAUUGCAGGCCUGAAAAACAACAAACAGUUUGAACUAUGUCAUAUAAUGUAACACUAUUGCUUUU